UGUCCAGACAGGCAGGCACGGCCGACCUUUCACCUACUUCCCCUCUCAAGCUAACAGCUGCUGCGCUGCUAAACACAACAAACGGUCGGCGUUUACAAAAUACAGCACUGGUGAUAAAGCUUUGGAAAUGUGGAUGAGUACACUUGCACGUUUUGCUCGUCCCAUCUUUCAAAGGAGCCCCUCUCCAGUCCUUUGCAAAGCAAUGAAAGCUUGUCGUAGGAUGGAACUGCUUGCACCAAGUUUCUGCAUGACUCCAGUACAUAUUCGCAGACAUCAAACCCUUGGUUCUGCCCCCAUGCCUGUGGCUGCUCACUCAAUGAGACAUGUCCGUGCUCUGCAUGAGGAGAGGCUGAUGGCGGUGGAAUGGGAAGAUGGAGGCCAAAGCUUGUACCCGUUCACCUGGCUGAGAGACAACUGCCAGUGUUCACGCUGCACCCUGCAGUCAGCUGAGGCCCGUUUGCUGUUGAUGGCUGAUCUUGAUAUCCACAUAGGAAUGGAUUCUGUGGAGGUUACCAAAGAUGGAAAGGUUUCCAUUGCGUGGCCCGACCAGCACACGAGUGUGUUUGAUGCAGAGUGGCUGAAGAAACGCUGUUUUUCUGAUGCUGCCAGACAAGCAAUGCAGGAGGAGCUGUUCCUCAAUGAGCGUUACUAUUGGGAUGCGACGCUGCGGAUUCCCCAAGCUGACUUCCAGGAAGUUCUCCAUGACGACGGGGCUGCGCUUGCCUGGCUCAUGGCCCUGCGGCAAGUUGGUAUCGUGCACCUAAAGGGGGCGCCUGCAGAGCAAGGUCAAGUGGCCAGACUGGCUGAGAGGAUUGGAUAUCUCAGGCUGACGUUUUACGGGCAUACAUGGCAGGUUCAGGACAAAUCCAUGGCAAACAAUGUGGCGUACACUUCAGGGAAGCUGAGCCUGCAUACAGACUAUCCAGCUUUACACUUUGCACCUGGGGUGCAGUUCCUGCACUGCAUUAAGCAGGCAAAAGAAGGAGGGGAGAGCGAGGUGGUGGACGGCUUCCACAUGGCCAAGCAGCUGCAGCGAGAAGAUCCGGAGGCCUUCCGGACGCUCACCUCGCUCCGUGUGGACUUCACCGACACCGGGACCGACUACUGCGACUUCAUGCUGCAGUCCAAGAACCGGAUCAUCGAUGUUGACUCAGAGGGAAAAGUCACAAAAAUAAACUACAACAACGCCACCAGAGACUCUGUGCUGGACCUCCCCUUACAUCAGGUCCAACCCUUCUAUAGAGCCCUGAAGGCCUACGUGGACAUCAUGAACAGACCGGAAAACGUGGUCACCUACACCAUGAAGCCAGGUGACAUUGUGACCUUUGACAACUGGCGCCUGCUACACGGCAGGAAGAGCUACAUCAGCAGGCCAGACAGGCUGCGACACUUGGAGGGUGCCUACUUGGACUGGGACGAGGUGAUGUCUCGUCUCCGGAUUGUCCGCAGAAAUGUCCAUGGGGACACGCGAGCGUCGGACAAAAGGUCACAUUUACAUUGAAAGACCUAAAGUCUCUUCUAGAAUCUGAAACUUCUAUUAAAACUACACAUUGGUCUUAAAAAGUGCUGACAGAAUUAUGAUGUUAAAAUAUUAGGAAGCCUGAAACUUGUGCAACACAACAAUGCAACGAUGAAUGCUUUAUUUGUAAAUUUAAAAGCUGCAUUUGGAGCUUUUUUAAAAUUUUUUUAUUAAACCUAACUAUGUAGUAUUACACAUAAAAUACUAUAUGAAUGCUCUGAUUUAUUAUUUUUAAAUGUCAUUCCCUGUUCUGAUUAAAAUAUAUGGCCCAAAUAUUUUUUUAUUUGGGCCAACAAAUA